AUGGCUGCUGUCGAGGCUCCAUAUGCUGCUGAAGCUUUACUGCCUCGCAGCUUCUCUCCAGUCCCGGACUCGCCCUGGCCAAAUUCCGCCAUGACUCCCAGCAACGGUGCCGCGCAUAACGAUAUAUUUCCUCCGAAUGGCAUGAGUGGUCGCCAUCUCACAGUCCAGCCUCAGUCCGAAGAGGCCGUCACUCCCUCGGAUAUUACUGCUCCUUCACCAUCCACCUCCGAGACAAGCACUGUCUUUACCGACGUUGAUGGAGAGGAGGAGCCACAAAGCGCUCUACCACAAACAAUCAAGACCUCUCAUGUGGCGUCCUCCAAUCUCAGCCUCAACCUCAACCUGUUGAGAAGCCCUGCCACUAGCUUGAAAAUAGAUACAACUCCAAUAACAGACCCGUACACCGAAGAAGACGAACCUCCUCAAUCCGUUAUUCACGUCCCUUCAGGCUUCAGUCGCUUCCACCAGGGACACGGAACCCGGUCCUUCUCGCGCUUGUCACAGAGUCAUGUAGCUCCACGUUCAAAUAGAUCUGCCAGCCAAUCCAGCUCCACCUCAGCACAUUCGUCCAAGACAGAGCCUGCCGGAGAGCCUCUCCCGCCUCCGGAGCGACCAAGCACAGCUGCUUCCACCACAACAGAGUCGACAGCGCCAUCCGAGUCAACACUGCGUCCCGAAUCAGAAGCAGAAGCAGCGUCAGCUGAUUUUAAUACCGACCAACCCACCCCGCAAGCUAUGGGAUCUCCUCUCCAAGCCCCGAGUCUUGCCUCAAAAGAUUGGGCAAGCACUCCACGAGCUCAGACGCGUCAAGAGCUCUCCUUCAGCCGUCCGGGCUCAAGCUUAGCGAGUAUUCGAGAGGGUGAUGACGAUCCUCGAUUAGAUCUCGAUGCGGCUACUGAAGCCUCGGCCGACGACCUGGAGGCUGCUGUCCGCGAAAGACUGGAAGCCCGCAAGAUCGAAAGUGAAACUCAGUUCCUGGAGGAUGCUCUUGCCGAAUGCUGGACACUUUGCAAUACUUUGCAGAGUCUCAGUAAUCGCCAUCGAGUUCGCAUGUUCUUGACAGGCCGCUCUUCAAAAGGCAACAUGCACGAGAUGGCAUGGAAAACCUGCUGGAAACUCUGUCAGAAUCUGUACGAGGCAAAAGACAUACAUGCAGCCAGUGGUACCAAAGCUACAUUAAGUCUCUGCCGUGAGUUAUGUCAAGCCUUGUUCGACGUACGUAUACGUAAGGAUGAUACUGCGGACUCAGUAUUACGAGUAAGCUUCGAGCUGAACAACCAUCUUUUCAAUACUCACGACAGGACCCUGCCCGAAGCCUUUCGCGAAAGGACCCUCGAGUUCUAUGUCACUUUGUGUCAUCGACUGAUGAAGCAGAAGUCGAAGCUGGCACAGGAGUCUGAUGCACUUUUACGAACAUGCUGGACUCUGGCAGAGAUGCUGUUUACUCUCAGGCAAAGCAGGAGGGAGAAUCGCAGGCCUGAUCAGGAGCUGCUAAGCAAUGCUAUGCAAGCUUGUUGGGACUUGUGUGAUCUGUUUCGUGAAGGCUGGACUCAAGUGCGACCUGAUCGAGGAACACCACGCGCUACCCAGACGACUUUCUCCGAAGCAGUACAAUUGGCUAAGCAGGCAGGAUAUAUCGAAGAUCAGAAUAGUUUAAAAUUCACCCCGGAGACUCCAACUACAAUUUUCGACGAUACUGCCACUAUCUCGCCCGAUGAGGCACCGCCGCCACCCACCAUCUCCGUAAUGAACAAUGGCAUUCCGCAGUCUGCAAUCUCGACCAAGUCCACCGCCUCGGCACCCCCCGCCUUCCCAAGGCCGAACACUACUCAGAGAAUGACUCGUGUGGUCGCGCGUCAAUCUCAAAAUCGCUGGGGCAGUAUCAACGAGGUUGUUGCUGAAGAAGAUACGCUAUCGAGACCAACCAGCGCCCUGUCUCAGUCUUCCAGAGCAUCCUCCAGCCAUAGGUCAGUCGCUUCCUCAAUCCCGUCUUCUCAACACACUAUCACGACGCCUGCAGAAGACCCAAGCCUGACAUUGUUGAAAGCUCUGUUCGUGCGUGCAGCAGUGCAGACAGGUAGAGGGUUCGCACCAGAUCCGAGGAACAACACUUCGGGCAAUGCCAUGUAUACAUCUCUUCCAUUGUUCGUCAGAUCUCUACCCGACAAUGCUUUCGGUAACCAGGAGAGGCACAGGAAUCUACUCGAACACUACAAGAAAACAGUCGCUCAGGAUUCAACAUUCAAACAUCUGGGAACCACAGCAAUGACUAUCGGCCUCGGAGCCGAUCCCGAAAAAGGCAAAGAGGAUAUUGCUACUGUUCUGAAGGGAAUGGUUGACAACACAACCGAUUGGAGUUGGCUAAGAGACUUGUUCAAAUAUGGAUAUGGCUCUUACGUCGACGAGAUCAUCAUGAAAUCCAAAGAGGUUCCUGCUGCGCCUACAGUGGCGAAGACGCCCAAGGACUUGCCAAGAGGCAUGGGCAGGAGCAACACAAUUGCCAACAGCAAUGGCAAUCUUAGCACUGGUAACGAGGGAAAGAAAAUUUCUCCAUCACAGAGGUAA